AUGGAGAAACUGUCUGAAUUCAUUAAAGAGAAGAAGAUGAAUUUAUUAGACGUGAUUUCAUCAACCAAGCCGUAUAAACCCAUGCUUUGUUCUACUGCUAUUCAAAGUUGCAUAGCUCCAUCGCCAAUAAGUCGCAUUAGACAAAACCCACCAACAAAUUAUGUCUUCAAGAUCCAAUCUUAUUCCACGAUCUCAGAAUACGAAAGAUGUAAAUCUCCUUCUUUUGGAGAAAAGGAAACUGGAUAUACAUGGCAGUUGUGUUACUACCCCAAAGGGAAGAAAGAAGGUGGAAAAGGUUAUUUUUCUAUCUACUUGUUAAUAACAGAUACAGAUAAGCUUGGAACUGAUUGGGAUGUUAAGGUCGACUUCAGAUUGUUCUUGUUCAAUCAUUCUAAGAAAAAUUACCUAGUUCAAGACAACUAUGAGACAAGUUUCAAUGUGAAAAAUAAAGAACAAGGUUUUGCUCGCUUCAUCAAUCUUAAGGAAUUUCGAAAGGUGUAUCUUUUCGAAGAUACUUUUACAAUCGGAGCUGAAGUUUUCGUUAUUAAGAAAACCGAAAGAACGGAUUCUUUUUCGAGGAUACAGGAACCCAGAACACCGGAAAACAGCAAAACAGUAACUUACAAGAUCGACCAGUUCUCAAAGAGGACGAGUGUCCCCCGCUUGCAGCCAAUCACUGUUAACAAACUGGAAUGGAAGAUUAUAAUAUAUCCCAAAGGCAAUGCUCAAGCGAACAAAAGUGUUUCUAUGUUCCUACAACUGACUAACUCAAGUAGUCUAUCUCCUGACAAGCAAGUAUAUGUAGACUACAGUUUUUGCAUUGCAGGCCGAAAAGAAGCUUUCAAGAAGAGAGCUCAAAGUUGGUUCAGUGCUUCGCAGACGACUCGGGGAACCCCCAAUUUCAUCUCACUCAAUAGACUUGAAGACCCAGAAUUUGGCUACCUAGUUGACGAUGCAUGCACAUUCGGAAUCACGGUUACGGUGAUAGGCUUGAAGGAUACUACCAAGGUUUAA